CAUUCACCAAAACAUUUAACUCCAAUCAUCACCUCUCUCUCUCUCGCUCUCCUUCUCUCUAUCUCUCUCACAAACAAAGAUGGAUAAAUUAUCAAUCCGAUGCUUUAUCUUCCUAGUUCUCACCAGCUUCGUCACCAUUGUUUCGUGUUUGAGUGCUACAACAGAUUAUAGAGAAGUUGAGGAUGAACACGAAUUCAGCUACGAAUGGAACCAAGAGAACGGGCCAGCGAAAUGGGGAAAGCUAAGACCGGAAUGGAAAAUGUGCGGAAAAGGAGAAAUGCAAUCGCCUAUUGAUCUUAUGAACAAAAGAGUUAGACUUGUUACUCAUUUUAAGAAGCUUACUAGAGACUACAAACCUUGUAACGCCACUCUCAAAAAUAGAGGCCAUGAUAUGAUGCUGAAAUUUGGAGAAGAAGGGUCAGGAAGUAUUAAGGUUAAUGGAACUGAGUAUAAACUCUUACAGCUUCAUUGGCAUUCUCCCUCUGAACAUACCAUCAAUGGAAGAAGGUUUGCUCUCGAGCUUCACAUGGUUCACGAAAACAUCAACGGGAGUUUGGCUGUAGUCACAGUGCUCUACAAAAUUGGAAGACCAGACUCCUUUCUCGGAUUGGUAAGGACAGUGACGAAAAACCAAGUGAGAUUACUCCGAGUGGCUGUUCACGAUAAUUCAGAUACAAAUGCGAGGCCAGUUCAACCUACAAAUAAGCGUGUGGAUGAAAGUGAAUUCAGCUAUGAGUUGAACAAAGAAAACGGGCCUGCGAAAUGGGGAAAACUGAAACCGGAAUGGAAAAUGUGCGGAAAAGGAGAGAUGCAAUCUCCAAUUGAUCUUAUGAACAAAAGAGUUAAACUUGUUUCUCAUCUUGGAAAGCUUACUAGAAACUACAAACCUUCUAAUGCCACUCUCAAGAAUAGAGGCCAUGACAUGAUGCUGAAAUUUGGAGAAGAAGGGUCAGCAGGAAGUACUAAGAUCAAUGGAACUGAAUAUAAACUCCUACAGCUUCAUUGGCAUUCUCCCUCUGAACAUACUAUCAACGGAAGAAGGUUUGCUCUCGAGCUACACAUGGUUCACGAAAGCAAGAACGGAAGUAUGGCUGUAGUCACAGUGCUCUACAAAAUUGGAAAGCCAGACUCUUUUCUCGGAUUGUUGGAACAUAAAUUAGCGGCGAUUACAGAUCAAAAUGACGCCAAGAAAAAUGUAGUAAUGAUAGAUCCAAGUAAAAUUAAUAUUGAGAGCAGAAACUAUUAUAGAUAUAUUGGAUCACUUACCACUCCUCCUUGUACGCAAAAUGUUACAUGGACCAUCAUUAGAACGACAAGGACUGUGACGGAGAGACAAGUGAAUCUACUCCGAGUGGCUGUUCACGAUGAUUCAAAUUCAAAUGCAAGGCCGAUUCAACCUACAAAUAAGCGUGAGAUACACUUAUACAGACCAAAAUCUUCAUGAUAAUGCAAUUUUCCUUUUAUUUUUACAGUAAAUAAUGUAAAUAUUAGGGAAAUUAUGGUGUAUAAUCAAAUAAAAAUUAAUAAUUUGU